ACGGGUGGUGUCGGGUAGCUAGUUCGUUAAGAAGAAAGCUGGGAGACGAAAGGAGACGGGAAGGGAGGGACAGUGAAGGAGAGGGGGAAGAAAGGAAGUGAAAAGACCUUGGCUGUUGGAAUCUCAGAUCUGGAAUAGGCUGUAUAGAUGAUCUCUUUGUUUAUAAUCUCUAAUUGCCGAGGAACCUGAAGUUCAGAGUUAAUCAGUGACUGACUCAGGACAUGCAGAAUGGCAAGACCCGAGGUAGAAGAGCUCACCUUUCCUGACUCUCAGUUGCCUGUACCCUGAAAAUGUCAGCUAGGGCAGCCCUGGUGAGUCCGGGAGAAAAAGGAGGCGUAGCCCUCCGCGUUCAGGAGGUCCAGGGCCCAGGAGAGAGAAAAUGGGGGACAAGGACGAGGGGAAAAGUGGAGAAGAGAAACCGAAAUAGGGUGUGUCCCAAGUAAAUGUACGUCGAGCCCUACAAGCACAUUCUCUCCUAGGGACACUUGCGCCUGCUGUUCGCCUUUCCUGGAAUGCUCACUCAGGUGACUACACCAGCUCAAGUCUCUGCUCAAAAGUGACCUCUUCGGAUAAAACUUCUCUGACCAUCGUAUCCAAGAUUCCUUACAUUACAUGGCAGGAGGGGGAUAAACGGGGAUACAGAAGACAACAGUAAAUUAAUCAAGAGUUUUCCUCAUAUCUCAGAACCUAUCCUAAGUAAGGAUGGCAGAUAAGGUUGACUGGUUACAAAGCCAAAAUGGAGUAUGCAAAGUUGAUGUCUAUUCUCCUGGAGACAACCAAGCCCAGGACUGGAAAAUGGACACCUCCACGGAUCCUGUCAGAGUGCUCAGCUGGCUCCGCAGAGACCUGGAGAAAAGUACAGCAGAGUUCCAAGAUGUUAGGUUCAAACCCGGAGAAUCAUUUAGUGGGGAAACAUCCAACUCAGGAGACCCACACAAAGGUUUCUCUGUAGACUAUUACAACACCACCAAGGGCACUCCAGAAAGAUUGCAUUUUGAGAUAACUCACAAAGAGAAUCCUUGCCAGGGCCCCAGGGCCCAACUGGGCAAUGGGAGUUCGGUAGAUGAAGUUUCCUUCUAUGCUAACCGCCUCACGAAUCUAGUCAUAGCCAUGGCCCGCAAAGAGAUCAAUGAGAAGAUCGAUGGCUCUGAAAACAAAUGUGUCCAUCAGUCAUUGUACAUGGGGAAUGAACCCCCACCCCGCAAAAGCCUCAGUCAGGUAGCAUCAGAGCUUGUGAAUGAGACCGUCUCUGCGUGUUCCCGGAAGGCUGCCCCAGGCAAGGCUCCUGGCUCUGGAGACAGAGCCUCAGGAUCAUCACAAAGUCCCCCAAAUUUGAAAUACAAGUCCACUUUGAAGAUCGAGGAGCGCGCCAAAGAAAGACAGGGUCCAGAGGACAAGCCUGCUUCUAAGAAGUCUUUCUUCUAUAAGGAAGUGUUUGAAUCUCGUAAUGGAGAUUAUGCCAGAGAGGGUGGAAGGUUCUUUCCUCGGGAGAGAAAGAGGUUUCGAGGGCAGGAAAGGCCUGAUGACUUUACAGCUUCUGUUAGUGAAGGGAUCAUGACCUAUGCUAACAGUGUGGUGUCUGAUAUGAUGGUCUCCAUCAUGAAGACACUGAAGAUCCAAGUGAAAGACACCACGCUUGCCACCAUCCUCCUGAAGAAGGUUCUGCUCAAGCAUGCAAAAGAUGUGGUCUCGGAUCUCAUCGACUCCUUCAUGAGGAACCUCCACAGCAUCACAGGGACCCUCAUGACUGACACAGAGUUUGUCUCGGCUGUGAAAAGAACUGUCUUCACUCAUGGAAGCCAGAAGGCCGCAGAUAUCAUGGAUGCCAUGCUAAGGAAGCUGUACAAUGUAGUGUUUGUCAAGAAAGUCCCUGAGCAUGUCAGGAAAGCCCGAGACACGGCUGAGAGUUAUUCCCUCAUCUCCAUGAAAGGAAUGGGCGAUCCUAGAAACCGAAAUGUGAACUUUGCCAUGAAAUCUGAAACUAAACCGAGAGAACAAAUGUAUUCUGAACCCAAAUCAGAGGAGGAGACUUGUGCCAAAACUCUGGGUGAACACAUUAUCAAAGAGGGGCUGACCUUGUGGCAUAAAAGUCAACAGAAAGAAUGUAAAUCUGUAGGUUUCCAGCAUGCAGCAUUUGAAGCUCCCAACGCACAGUGUAAGCCUUCACCAGACAUUUCCUUUCAGUACCCUGAAGAUAUUUGCAACCUCAGCCCUCCUCCAUAUCCCCCAGAGAAACCUGAGAAUUUUAUAUGUGAUUCAGACUCCUGGGCCAAGGACCUGAUCGUAUCUGCCCUACUUCUGAUUCAAUAUCACCUGGCCCAGGGAGGAAGAAGGGAUGCACAGAGCUUCCUUCAAGCUGCUGGCACCACCAACUUUCCUGCCAAUGAGCCUCCUGUAGUUCCUGAUGAAUCCUGCCUUAAGUCUGCUCCCAUUGUAGGUGACCAAGAACAAGCAGAAAAGAAGGACCUAAGGAGUGUUUUCUUCAAUUUCAUCCAGAACUUACUUAGUGAGACCAUUUUCAAGCGUGACCAGAGCUCUGAACCCAAGGUGCUGGAACAGCCAGUUAAGGAAGAUGGGAAGUUGUGUGAAAGACCUUUAGCCCCUUCUCCCCCUAAACUAUGUGAAGUUGAUGAGACCCCUGGUGCCCUUUCUGGGCUGACCAAGAUGGUUGUCAACCAGAUAGAUGGCCACAUGAGUGGGCAGAUGGUAGAACAUCUGAUGAACUCAGUGAUGAAGCUGUGUGUCAUCAUUGCUAAGUCCUGUGAUUCCUCUUUGGCAGAGCUGGGAGAUGACAAGUUGGGAGAUGACAAGUCUGGAGAUGCCAGUAGCCUAACUUUGGCCUUCCCAGAUAGUUUAUAUGAGUGUUUGCCAGUCAAGGGCACAGGGUCAGCAGAAGCUCUCCUGCAGAAUGCCUAUCAAGCUAUCCAUAAUGAAAUGAGAGGUAUAUCAGGUCAGCCUCCUGAAGGGUGUGCAGCACCCAAGGUGAUUGUCAGCAAUCACAACCUAACGGAUACAGUUCAGAACAAGCAACUGCAAGCCGUCCUUCAAUGGGUAGCUGCCUCUGAGCUCAACGUCCCUAUUUUGUACUUUGCUGGUGAUGACGAAGGGAUCCAGGAGAAGCUACUUCAGCUCUCAGCUGCUGCUGUGGACAAAGGAUGCAGCGUGGGCGAGGUUCUGCAGUCGGUGCUGCGCUAUGAGAAGGAGCGCCAGCUGAACGAGGCGGUGGGGAAUGUCACACCCCUGCAGCUGCUGGACUGGCUGAUGGUGAACCUGUGAUCGGCAACCCCACUGCUUUCCCCUCUUCCGGCAGUGGGCCCGGCCCUUAUCCCCGCCCUUCUUUCUCACUUCCACACCUCCCCCUCUAUAUCCUUACAGAGCCCUAACAUUAUCUUCAUACCACUCUCAUCAAAGACAUGUCAUCUUAUGCUAGUCACUGAAUUUUGCAGAUUUUCCUGUCCAUGUGAACAAGGACAUAAAAUUAAAAAAUUACAAUUAAAGGGC